UAUGGGAGGGCCUCUCCGGAGAGGCUUUCCCGUGUUUUACUGUUAUCUUCGUUAGUGGAUGAGAGAAAAUGGGCGGCUGUGAAUAGUAUAUACAAAUUUUCCUAAUCGUAAAUCAGCAUGCAAUAAAAUUAGUGAAUUCGUAUGAGAAUAAUUGGGUUGGAGAACGGCUGUAUAAAACGUUGGUUUAAAAUUGCAUGGUUGACAGUGGCUCAUUUCGCGUGAACUAGGUUUCAAAGUGUUACAAGUUGUUGAUUAAAAUACUGUGAAUGAGUAUCUCGAACAGAAUUUAACUUAACUGAUAUUGUAACCAGAGAAGUGAGAACCAACCGAUCUUGAUGUAGAUGUGAUAAUAAAUGUGGUACACAAAUUGAAUACGGAAACAUCGGUUACCGACAAUCGUGUGCGGAUUAUUGCCGUACUGUAUGUUCCUUCGGAUAUAACUGAGCGAUGGAUAUCAUCAAUGUAGACGAGGUGCUCGGUGAUGACUCAUUUAUUAGCGACACGGAACGAUUGGAUGAUGAAGUGGUGGAAAUUUUAAAACAAUGGAAAUCAUGCAGCACAACACCGCCUUCAACCAGUGUCUUCGUCGUUCAAGCAUCCCCCAGCAGCUCCACGGUUGGCACUGGGGUGGCCAGCAUCACAAAUCACUACGGCAACAGCAUCAUCCACAACAGCAGCCGCAGCAGUUGUAGUAAUUGCAGUGACAGCAAAGGCUUGAAAAACAUCGACACGAGGACAUUUACCAGGCCGAAAAAGAAAUUUGAAUCCACGUUGAACAGUCCCGGUAUUUGCGCCAAUCCGGUAACUGUCGGACAAGAGCUUCCCAUGAAGGUGGCCUCACCACUGUUGAACCUCCAAAUUGGCGGGCCGGUUACGCUUGCCUCCAGCGGAGGAACCCACAGCACGAGUCAAAUAAUGCAGAGGAGCUGGCUGAAUGAUGUUUCACCACCGGGAUCGAUAAUGGCCUCGAUGGAGUUUUCAGUGAACGAAAAAAUGGGUAACAGCCUGAUUACAAGCGGAGACUUUACCAACGUCAGCUACCUAUUGAACACGAGUGGCACGGAGGACAUGCUGAGCUCACAAAGCAAUUACAAUGGUUACAAACUAUCCGAUGUGAGGCGAGAUCGCAAACUGUUGGAGCAUUUGUCGUGUUUCGAUGAUAACACACUCACGAAAGACAGUGCGAUAUCGAAAACCGAUCUGAACGGUAUCGAAGAAAGUCUGUCAGGCUUCAGCACAAUGCAAAAUUCAUUGGAAAGUGUCACGAAAUGUCCCGAAGGAAGUGUGCUGGAUGCAACGGUGGUACUGGGGAACGAAACUUUCGAAAUGGAUUCGACAGAAGCGGCACCUGUUGUUAAGGAAAAAAUGAACAGGACAUUUGAGAGGAAGCGUGAUUUCGAUACGUAUCGGAAGCCUAAAUCUAGUCUGAAUGGCACAUACAAAGCAUUACCAAAUGUAGAUGUCGAUGAACCAUUGCCGAGUAAUCAAACUAUCGAAAGCUUAAAAGCUGGAGUGCAUUUAGAUGGUACUUAUGGUGUUCCGAAUGAAUGUAAUGGUACUUUUUCACUCAACCGAACUGCGAAAGUAAAUGGAGCGGAGAAACAGCUCAAUCACACUUACGAUUAUUGCGAGAAAGUGUCCCCAGGAAUUCCUGAUACCGAACGAACAUUCGAAAAACCAAAUAAUCGAACGUUUGAAGGGAAUCUAGACAGUCCGGAAUAUUUUGGAGCUAUGAGCAAUCGUACACUGAAUGGAACAUUAGAGUUUACAGCGGAAAGAUUGAGGAAUGGUGAUGCGGCUCUCGCUGUUCAAUCUACACCGUUCGUGCAAGUGCCUAAAGCGAAGCGUGUGAGUGAUAUAUCCCAGUAUGAGAUCAAUAUUUCCCCGAUAACUUCAAGCUCAAGUAGGAAAUCGGAAGUUUCGAGGCGAAGUAGAAAUCUAGAAAAAGAAAUUGUUAAUUACACGGAGACUGAUGAAUUCGAUGUCGAAUUUCGUAAACUUCCACCCACUCCAAACUGUAAGACUGGUAGUAGCAAUGGAUUGCACUUGUUGGAUAACGAGAAACGAAUAUCCUUGCAACAUUUUGAAGACUUCGAGAAGUCCAUCCUUGAAAGCGAACACAACGGCGUAGACUUUGACGAAAUGUUGAACUCAAUAACAGAUGUAAAACGUUCAGUGGACAGUGUGAAGAUGCGCCAGUCGCUGGAUAAUAUCAAAAAACGCCAUUCACGUAUCAAUUCUGAAAAGCAACAGGAGGAUUUCAAGAAAAGGGUAGAAAUGAAUGACUCCUCUGCAUCACUAUUUGACAAUAAACUAAUGGAGUCGAUGAACAAAAGUAUGUCAUCUUCUGGCGGCAGUGAACGAUUAUUAAAUCGUAGAAGCAGGUAUAACGAAGACGUCCACCUAACUUUGUCUCCUCAGCAACAGCAACAGCUAUCGAUAUGUGCGGAGACUCCACCACAAGAACCGGAACAGAACGAAACGAAUGAGUCGAAAACGUUGGACGGCAUGGAUCCACUUCCUACUGCUUCCGAGGUAGGAAGCUGUGAUAAAAAGAAUCGCGAUAGAUUUAAAACUAUUCGUAUUAAUAAGAGGCGAGAAGAGGGAAUGGUUGUUGUGCAGGAUCCCGGAGAAACGGAAGACUGUCCAGUUGAAUCGACUUCUCUUCCAGUGGAAGAAGAGAUUCCCGGUUCGCCAACAGUGGUAACGAGUGCCUUCAGCCGUGUGGAUUACAAUUCACCAAACGAAAUGAGACCAUCCACCACUCAUAACGUAGAUCAGAGUAAGACUGAGGAAAUGGUUUUCAAGAGACCACAGGACAUCCCUAAGCCAGGAAACAAAUUGCGAUCGUUAUCGAAGCCACGCUAUUUUGGUGCACCCGAAGGUGGACUCAGUCUCUCUAGAAAAGAUUUAUCCCUUCCGCUGGCGGCAAAAUCGUGUUCUACCGAUAAUUUAGAGAACGAUCGGCCUAACUAUCAACAGCCACUGUCACAACAACAGAGGGUCUCACUGGGGGGGAAAUUGGGCUUUGGGAGUAAUGGCAGUGCUAUCGGGAAAGGCGCAAGCGGAAAUUUGGUACAAUCAAACUUGAAAUCACCCAUGGGUACCAAAUCAAAGUCUCACCAUAAUCUGUAUUACAAUCAAAGCAAUCUUGGCGGCUCCAACAGUAAUCUUUACAAGAUUCCGGCACCACUCGGGUUGUCCGCACAGAAGCUAUCGCACAAUAAUAGCAAUACUGAGCUAAAAAAUAACACUUCAAAGUUGCAGUUGAAUCUGCGAACACCACGUGCCAGUUCCCUGGUGCGGCCCAUUGCAGCGACAAUGAAAAGUACUGUGCCAGAAAUUCCUACCCGCAGCAACGAGCUGAAUUCAAGCAGUAUUACUACCACAUCUAAUCUAUCGGGUGUGCAUAUGCGGGCACCGAAAACAGCCUCACGGCUUGGAUUAGUACGACCCUCCUCCGGCUACUUUAGUUACAGUUCGCAUAGGAAAAACGUUGACUCGGACACUGAAUCGAUUAAUAGUUUAUCAUCGUCAUCGGCUAGCUCUAGAGGAAGCUUGUACCGUGUAGAUAGUCAGAAUAUCGCUAACAAUGUACAAAACUGCGCGACCAAUAGUAUUGAAGACAUUAGUAGCAGUGUCAACAUGAAUAGUGGAAUAAGUUUAGCACAGAAGACCAAUAAUAUUGAUCCUCAUCAAACAACAGUAAAUCCAGUCAAAUCGAUGGCGCAAACUUCCAGUGGACUAGCAAAGCCUUCCGGUUUACGUCCACCAUCGAAUCUACGACCGCCGAUGGCCCGAAGUGGACUGCCAAGGCCCACCAGUUACGUGCGGAGAUAAAGUAUACUGGGAGGCUCACUAUUGUUUCUCUUAUUGGGAACUGAGAAGUUUUUUAGCAAAAGCAACCGUUUUAUAUACCAUACUGUAAAACUAAGUUUUAUUUGAUUUCCCGUAUCCAGCGAAUCCUGAUUAAUUUACUAUUUGGCUACAUUUUAUUAAUGUCUUUCUAAUUGUUAAAAUUUUAUAGACUUGUUCUGUCUUUUAUAUUUUGUUUCGUCCGCACUCGAAACAAGUUAUCCAAUACACAAAACAAUUUAUGGCAGUUUCCAGUCGAAAUAUAAAUUAUUUAACUGAAACAUUGUUUUUUAGAAUCAUCCAUGCCUUAAAAUAAUUUUAUUAAAAUAAUGCCAUUCUCAUUUAACUAACACCAUUUUGUUAAUCCGUUGAAAUUCCCGUCAUUGCAUUUCGAUAUUUGAAAAAAAAAGUUAGUCGUUAUAAACUCAAAUUGUGUCAGUCUUUGUGAUAAAAACCUGGUAUCUUUUGUUAAAAUCUUAACAUGCUGGUGUGAAUUACCUAGUUAUGAAGUUUAUAUCAACGAAUCAAAAAAUUCUCUCGUAAUCAUGUAUGCGCAAAUCCAACUCAGAAAAAAACAUGCUAACGCUAAUUCGCAACAUCAGUGUUAUUUGGAGGAUUAUUCGGAUGAUCACAAAGUACACAGCAUCAUAUCGCAGUGUUGCUUGCGCCAUUCUGUACCACAUAAUCGUGCAGGAAUUAGCGAAACAAAAAGACUAAUAGAAGUAAAACCGGACAUUAACAUCAUAAAAUAAAUAAUCAUACUCACGUUUAAGGAAAAUGUUGGUAAAUAAAGUUUGCUAAAGUAAUUGAUCUUUCGCACGGAGAACAAGGGAAAGAGAUUCAGUUGUGACGAGCGAAUGUUAAGAAUAAACCAUAAAGUGAAAAAAACAUCAAACUAUCAUAUAAACGUGCUACCACUAGAUCCCUUCGAUCUGUACAUGACUAUGUAUGUAUCUUCAAAACGGAAUAUAUAUAUUUAUACUUUUAGAAUCCACAAUAAA